CCGCUGAGCAGCAGACAUGAGCACGGCAGGAAAGGUCAUAAAAUGCAAAGCUGCGGUGCUCCGGGAGUUGAACAAACCCUUCUCCAUCGAAGAGGUGGAGGUCGCGCCCCCGAGGGCCAAUGAAGUCCGCGUUAAGAUGGUGGCCGCAGGCAUCUGCCGCUCGGACGACCAUGUGGUGAACGGGUCCUUACCCACGCCGCUCCCCGUGAUUCUGGGCCACGAGGCAGCGGGCGUGGUGGAGAGUGUGGGAGCAGGAGUGACAACCGUCAAGCCAGGCGAUAAGGUCAUCCCACUCUUCGUUCCACAGUGCAGGCAAUGCACCGUCUGCAAACACCCGGAGGGCAACUUCUGCUUGAAAAACCAUUUGAAGACGCAGCGGGGAACCCUGGAGGACGGCACCAGCAGGUUCACCUGCAGAGGGAAGACCAUCCACCACUUCCUGGGCACCAGCACCUUCUCCCAGUACACCGUACUGGAAGAGAUGGCCCUGGCCAGAGUCGAUCCGGCCGCCCCGCUGGACAAAGUCUGCCUCAUUGGUUGCGGGUUCUCCACGGGCUACGGCUCUGCGGUCAAGGUGGCCAAGGUCACCCCGGGCUCCACCUGCGUAGUGUUUGGCCUGGGUGGGGUCGGCCUGUCUGUGGUCAUGGGCUGUAAAGCGGCCGGGGCAGCCAGGAUCAUCGGGGUGGACAUCAACAAGGACAAGUUUGCCAAGGCCAGAGAGGUGGGCGCCACCGAGUGCCUCAGCCCCCAGGACUCAGCGCGGCCGGUGCAUGAGGUGGUGGCAGAGAUGUGCGACGGGGGCGUGGACUUCUCCUUUGAGGUCAUUGGCCGCAUGGACACCAUGAUGUCCGCCUUGAUGUGCUGUCAUGAGGCAUUCGGUGUCAGUGUCAUCGUGGGUGUGGCUCCUGGUUCCCAGAGUCUCCCUCUGCAUCCUGGGUUGCUAUUGGGUGGACGGACGCUGAAAGGAGCAAUUUUUGGUGGCUUUAAGAGCAGAGAUUCCGUCCCCAGACUGGUGGCAGAGUUCAUGGCCAAGAAGUAUGCCCUGGAUCCACUGAUAACCCAUGUUCUACCUUUCGAAAAAAUUAAUGAAGGAUUUGACCUGCUCCGUGAGGGAAAGAGCAUCCGCACGGUGCUGACCUUCUGAGAGCGCCAAGGCCCUCGCACUGCAACCCCUCAGCUCCUCCCUCUGCAUCGCCAGCCAGGGAACAUCAUUGAGUUUUUUCUUCAGCAAUGUUGUCAAGGGCCUCCCCGGUGGCGCAGCAUUGAGCGCUGGGCUGCGAAGCUGCCUGCAGCCUCUGCAGCGCCGGUUCAAUCCCCAGCCACAGGCGAGGGUCCCGCAUGGCACGCGGACCUCUCCUGCCGCCCGCUGCUCCCCUCAGCAGUGUCCUUCGGUCCUUCUGCCUGCUCUGCUCCCCGCUCUGGCUCUGGUGAAUCCUCUCACCCUCCCGUGCUUCUGACUGU